AUGGACAGGUCCAAGGCACCACCGCUACAGAGUCUAUCUCUGCCAUCUAGACCUUUGACGUCUCACGCCAUUGCCUGGUCUUGCGACGCAGAGCUCGCCAUCGCCACAAUAGAAGGCAUCCACAUAUUCCUCCCCGAAUACCCGCGCAGCAGCGGCGAUGGCGAGAAGCCUCCCUCGGAGCGCUACGCCACGUCACCGCAGUUCCCCCUCUUCAUGCAUACCUCGGGGUCGCUGCGUCCAGACCCUGCCAUCAACGCGCAGCUCUGCCUCUUUGCCGGCGUGCACGAGCUGCCGCCUCCACUGCCUCCGCCCGGCGCCGCAGACGCUGCCGGCGGCUUCCCCGGUGUCGGCAGCGGCAAGAUCACCGGCGCGGGUGCGUCUCUUGGCCAGAUCAUCCGCGUCGAAUGGUCGCCCAGCGGGCUGGGUAGCAACCUGCGUCCUGUGCUGACGGCGCUGACGGGCCACGGGGCCAUCACCUGCCUCGGUGAGUACAUUGAUCUGCGUAAACCCGAAGCUUCGACGAAACAGGUGCGCUCGUUCAAGAACUGGCGCAUCCUCUGGGGGCUGGGCGCGCAGCUCCCGCUGCCGAUUCUGGACGCGACACGAUGCGCAGAGCUGGGCGAGGACGUGCAGAUUAUGAGUGAGCGCAUCACAGCGUUCUCCUGGGCAAAAGAGAUAUUACCAGGUAGAGCGCUGCUGGCUUACGAAACGGACGACAAGGAUGUUGUCAUAAUGGCAGUGCAGUUUUACAGUCGCAACCGCGCUCCAGAUGAGAAAGGCUGGGAUAUUCGCGAGAUUGCGAGGUUUGACUCUAGCGGGCCGCAUGUGACGGUCGACGAGCUAGAUCCCGACUUUGUAGUCUCUGGUUCCGCAUUCUCUCUGAGAUGGAGUCCUUGGGUUACACAGGAAGGAAAGAAAGUCGCUGUGUUGUCCUAUAUCACAAACAAUCAUGUUGGAUUUCGACGAGUUGUUAUAGAAGACGCGUGGAAGCAAGGCGAAACACCUUCGGUCAAGGUUGACCAACACGAUAUGAAGGGUAUAUGUUUGUCGCUUUCGGCUGAUGCAUUCCUUGACUGGGAAAACAUAUCCUACAACGAUAAUGGCGUCAUCAGUAUGCGCGGUAUUGUUGCCUCGCCAUUCAUCCUCCACCCUUUCCAGAUUCCCGUUACGGGAUCGCUAAUCGCCGCCAUACCCCGACACAUGACAAGUCUUUGCUCAACUACGUAUCCCACACAGGAUGUGCCAACAAACCCCAUCACAGGACUCGUCAUUCAUCAUGCCGACCCUUCAUCACCAUCACCAGUGCCACACUACUCCCUCGUACGGCAAUCCUGCACGGCAACGAACCAAGACUGGUUUCAAACCACCCUGCCCGAGGACGAGACGCCCAUGCCCCAGUGGGCCGAAGACAUCGGGCAGCAGACCGUCCGGCGCAUCUCCCGCGCCAGGGCUCUGCGGGGCAAGGACAUUGAUUCCGACGAUUCCGAAGACGACGAUUUAGACCUAGAGCAGGACAUUGGCAUCGAAAAGCUGGAAAGCGAAGGGCCUGGCGGCGCCGGUGCCCUGACGGAAGGCGACGUGCAGAUGCAAGAGCCCGACAGCGGCAGCUCUGAGCGCCAGGUCCACCCGCGUCGCUUCCGCCUCUGGGGCCUGGCCGCCUCACCUGGCGACGGUUGCACGGCGGCCGUCGUGUCCAAGUACAACACGCAGCACCCGAACCGCCGCGACCGGGCCGAGGUCGUGUUUGGCUGGUACGUGCCUCCCGAGGGCGACGGCGACGAUGACACGGCGGCGGUGGCGGCGGCAACCUACAACAAGCCCAUGCCGGCGAGGGCGACGACGGAGGCGCGCGUCUGGGAGUGGCUGUACGGACGCGGGCCCGAGGUGCCCGGCACCACCCACGCGACGGACAUACUCACCCUCGCCAGCAGCAUGAGCACACUGCGUCACCAGUUCCGGGAUGUGCUCCCGCGCAUCCACUGCGUGUUCUGCGACACCCGCGUGUGGGAAAACGGCGCAGAGGCUAUUUGCGACAAGGGCCACUCAUUUGCAACGUGUGCAUCGUCGGGGAUGCCCAUCAUGGCACCUGGCAUAUCCCGCGUCUGCGCCGUCUGCGGACUGCGUUGUCUGCAGACGGCUGAGCUGGCCAAGCUGGCCAGGGAGCAUCUCGGCCACGACGUGCCGCUCGACCUCUCUGCGGAGAUUUGCGGUGGCUGUGGCGGUAAGUUCAUUGUUUGA